AUGGGAGAAAUUCGUUCGCCGUAUUUUUCAAAUGGUGGAGGCUACCUUGGAGAUGAUGCUGAAACUCGUUCACCAUAUUUUUCAAGUGGUGGAGACUACAUUGGAGAUAAUGCUGAAAUUGAUUCGCCAUAUUCUUCAUUUGGUAAUCAAGAUUACCAUGGAGAUAAUGCCGGAAUUCAGUCCUCAUAUUUUUCAGUUGGAGACUACCAUGAAGAAGAUGCUGAAAUUCCUUCUGAAUCAUUCUUUCACCAAGAUCAUAACCUUGAAAAUCCAUACAAUGCAGAGCAGGUUAUUGUUCAAACUACAUACAACACAGCGAAGCUCCUUCAGCAAAAAAAUGUUAAAGAACUGCGCAUCGAUAUGGAAGAUGAAAUGGAAAAAGUACACGUGGAAAUUCCAGAUUAUGAGAUAUGCAUCUACAAAGUUCCCAAUGCACUUCGACGAUCGAAGGAAGAUAUCUUCACUCCUCGACAAAUUUCUAUCGGCCCUAUUCACCAUGGCAUGACGAAUUGGAAGCCCAUGAAGGAGCAAAAGGUAAUAUAUUUCCAAGCAUUCUGCAACAGGGUGGCAGAGAAAACGAAGGAGCAAAAGGAGAAGUUUAUGGACAAACUUUCGAACACUAUCAUAGAGAAUAAAGAGAACAUCAAGCAAUGUUAUGAAGAUGGUGCCCAUGAAUUUGAAGAAUAUAAGUUUUUGAAAAUAGUUUUGUUGGAUGCUGUAUUCAUCUUGGAGUACUUGUUGAGGAAUGAAGAUAUAAAAAAAUAUGAAGAUGAGGGGCAUGAAGAUAUAAAAAAAUAUAAAUAUGAUCCUAUAUUGAGUAAAAUGAGGUAUUCGAUUCGAUGGGACUUAAUGUUGCUUGAGAAUCAAUUGCCAUUCUUCAUCCUCGAGAACUUAUAUCUCCAUCUUAUUGAAGACGGCGGCGAAGAAUAUUAUACUCCUUUUCGAACUCUUGCCUGUGCUUACUUCAAUAGGUACAUUAAGAGUCAAUACAAGCCGAGCGACGACGAGAAGAUAUUACAUUUCACUGGUUUGGUCAGAUCUUUAUUAUCCUUCAGCCACCCAUAUUUAAGAACUUUAGAACCGAUAGAUACAUUUUAUAGCGCAACCCAGCUGAAGGAGGCAACGAUUAAGAUUAAAGAAUCACGGAAUCAAUGCUUACUUGACGUAAAGUUUACUUCCACCAAAGGCGAGUUAAGCAUACCACGUCUUGAGAUCGACUCCACCACUGAAUGUAUCUUCAGAAACCUCAUGGCCUUUGAGCGUUGUCAUUAUGCAGGAGAAGAGUGUUACAUCAGCCAUUACAUUAAGCUAUUUGAAACUCUUAUUCGCAAACCCAAAGAUGCGGAUCUCCUCAUUAAAAACAAAAUUAUCAGGACAAACAAAGACGGUGCUGGAGUGGAGAAUCUACUUAAGAAGCUCUCCGAAGGAACAUUUGAAGACUAUUCCUGUUAUUAUGAUCUGUACCAGCAGCUGGAUAAAUACUAUCAGAAAUCCUGGAUGGAAAAUAGUGCAUUAUUUCUUAGAAAGACAUAUUUUGGAAAUGUUUGGAAAAGUACUGCAACUUUCAUUGCAGCUAUCUUGCUCGUCCUCACUAUCGUACAAACAAUUUGUUCGAUCCUUUCCUUGCGCUAG